AUGCCUUCUAACAAACGCAGAGGGAACACGCCCAAGAAGGCUGCGACUCCAACUGCUGCUCCAGCUGUUGCUUCGUCGCGCACGCCUUCCAACGGCGUCACCCUUGCCGACGCUACCUCGACCAAUGGCGCGCCCAUGACCUCAGACCAGGCCGCCGUUGCUGCACAGUACCGUCAGUAUGCUCAAGCCAAGCGUGCUCGUCAGGUUGAUCCCAAGAACUACACGCGCACGCCCAAAUCAGGUCUCCUCGUCCUGUUUGUGCUCGGUCUGCUUUCCUUGCUCGGUUCCAUCACGCUCUACUUCCACUACAAGCUUCCUUCGCCUCGUGGUCCAACCGCAGUCAUUGCAUCUGGAGUCACCCCAGCCGAUGCAGCCGCCUACCAUCCACCCAUUGCCGGCUCCGAAGCUGCCAACACGUCAGGCGAGUCACCAAAGUUUUACCACUUGUUCUCUGAGGCCAACGCUGUCAGUGUGAUGCACCACCUCUCGGUCGACAUCGGCUAUCGUAUCGUCGGCACCAAAGAACACCUGGACGCCGAAAACUGGCUCGAGAAUGUGCUGCGUCGCUAUGAGGGCCACCACAACACAGGUACUGCUGAUUCACCCGGACAAACCCAAGUCGAGGUGUACAAGCAGAUCGGCGACGGCGCCCACCGUUUCGACUUCAUGUCCAACGUCGUCUGGAAGCGGUACUACUCCAUGUCUAACCUCGUCGUACGUAUCUCGGACGGUACAGACGAGAGCAAGGCCAACAGUCUGCUUCUCAACGCCCAUCUCGACAGCACCUGUCCCAGCCCGGGUGGAGCCGACGACGGUAUCGGUGUCGCCAUCCUCAUGGAGGCGCUUCGUGUGCUCACGCUACCCAACACCGGACGUAGGCUUUACAACUCGGUCGUUCUCCUCUUCAACGACGGCGAAGAGUCGCUCCAAGACGCCAGUCACCUCUACAUCACCCAGCACAACCAGACCAACGCUGGCGUCAAAGCCGUCGUCAACCUCGAAGCUUGCGGUACCUCGGGUCCCGAACUCCUCUUCCAGGCUACCAGCGCCGAAAUGAUUGAGGCCUACUCGCAUGUACCUCAUCCCUUUGGAACUGUGCUCGCCAACGACGUCUUCUCCACCGGUCUCAUCCUAUCCGAUACCGACUUUCGUCAGUUUGUCGAGUACGGCAACAAUCUCAGCGGUCUCGACAUGGCCCUGGUCGGUAACUCGUACUUCUACCACACACGCAAGGACAUUCCCCAGUACCUUGAGCCUGGUGCAACUCAGCAUUUCGGUGAAAACACGCUGGCUAUCAUCGAACAUCUCUGCCUCAAAAACAGCAGUCAUACCCUGCUUCGCAAUAUCGAGCCGCACCAGACACGCCACACGCUGCCCAUUUACUUUUCGAUCGCCAAUCGCUUCUUCGUUCUCAUCUCGAACAAGGCAUUCAAGAGCAUCGUCAUGGGUUUAUCUGCCUUUGUCAACUUCCAGCUCUCCUCAGUCGUCCGCUCCGAGUCAGCCAUCAGCGCACUCAACUUGACCAUCCUCAGCGCUCUUUCCGCAAUUGUGUCCAUCAUCGGUGGCGUGCUCGGUGCCAAUGUUGUGGCCGUCAUCAUGACCAGGGCUUUUGGCAAGGGCAUGUCGUGGUACUCGCAUGAAUUCUUUGCUAUCCUCCUCUAUGCGCCCCCUGCGGUUGCUGGUGUGUUGAUCGUGCAGCUUCUCACCGCCAAGCUGUGCAAGCCGUACCAGCGACCGUACUUGGAGCGUUCCAGUCUGUCGGGUCUCGGCAUCUUUUUCAACCUCGGCCUGCUCGGUAUGAAUGCGUUUGGUAUCGGAAGCGCUUAUCUCAUGGCGCUGUCCUCGUUGACGUUCACGCUCGCUACCACGCUUAACGACUUUGUACUGAUCGGUGUAGGUCAGAUCGAGGAUAAGCUGAUUGCGCCAGACAAGCGCGUCUCGGCGUACAUCUACCCGCUGAUGACCAUUAUCCCGGGUAUCGUCGGUGCCGAGGGCAUGGCGAGCUUCCUCGACCUUUUUGUGCCUCUCACGGGUAGAAUGGGCGAGAUAUCACCUGCCGAUCACAUCAUCGCCAGCAUCGUUGCUGUUCUUUCAUUCCUCAGCCUGCCCUUCGCUAUUCCUCUCGCUCAUCGAUACACGUCUGAGAACCUGCAACGCACCAUCCUAGGUUUGCUCGCCGUCACCGCCGCCGUCAUGGCCGUAUUUGCCAGUCCUGGAUGGAAACCUUUCGACGAAGCGCACCCGAAACGACUCUUUGUUCACCAGGUGGAGAACAUCACCUCGAACCAGUGGUUUAUGAACGUCGGUGCUGCCGAUCCGGCGCCCGGCUUCAAAGCACUCUCUGACGAGCUUCAGUCACAAUUUGGCAUCUCGUCCGAGAGCCAGGCGAGCUUGAUGGAGAUGAACGACUACAAUCCAGACUUUGACAUCCUCUACCCCGUCUCGGCCUUCCUCACGCCGUACAAGUUCCAGUUGCCCGGCCCACCCGCUUCCUUCAGCACAAAGUACGCCGAUCCUGCACCAGAAACGUACCACUUCACUGUAAAAGCGGUCAACGAGGUAAUCGAUCUCGAGGCGCGCACGCGCAGCUUGACGUUAGAGAUGAACCAUCCUGGGGUUAUCUGGUCGGUUGUCGCGUUUGAUGCUGAGAUUCUCAGCUGGAAUCUUCCGAGCGCUCCACCCGCCGGAUACCAGCGUCACCACCUCAAGAGCGUCGCUCGUCACGGCAUCUAUUCGUGGUCCAUUGACCUAGUGCUUCGUCUUGAACCAGAUCAACUGGCUGCUGCCAAACCAAGAACUAGCUCGCGAAUUAUUGACAAGUUGAAGAAAUCCGCACCUAGUUCAGGUAGACUCGUCAAGCUAGACUCGACCGAGCCGAGGGACGCUUCGAAAUUGUGGAUCGACGCCUCUGGUCUCGUGGCCGACGAAAUGUUCCCUCAGCACAAGUCAAAUACCGCCGCUGAUAGACCAGCAAUGAACACGUUCAUACAGAUGGACAGAUACAUGCAAGACAACCAUCCAGAGAUCGACGUCAUGAUGCUAACCGUCGUCGCGGGUGUUUUCGAGGCGUGA